AUGCCGGCGACGGUGGAUACCUCCCUACAAGGACACGCCACAGGCGCCGCAGCCCAAUUCGCAGCGGAUCACGCCGCUGAACAUCCCCUCAAGUUAUACGGUGGAUGGUUCUGCCCUUUCGUGCAGCGGACCUGGAUCGUGUUGCACGAGAAGCGCAUUCCGCAUCAAUAUGUCGAAAUCAAUCCGUACGCCAAAGCACCCGAGUUUCUUGCACUCAAUCCGCGCGGGCUCGUGCCCACGUUGGCUGUCCCUGUGGAUGCGGAGCAGAAGGGAUAUAAGCGGAAGCCGCUGUACGAGAGUGCGGUAAUCUGCGAGUACCUCGAUGAGGCAUAUGCAAACGAGAAAGAAAACGGACCUGGAUUAUUGCCUAGCGACCCGUACGAGCGCGCGAGGUGUAGGCUCUGGAUUGACCAUAUCAGCAAUAAAAUUGUGCCGGGUUUCUAUCGGGUGCUGCAGCACACUCCCGACAAGGAAUAUACCAUCGAAGAGGCGCGAGAAGGGUUUCUAGGUCAUAUCAAGACACUGGUACGAGAGAUUCUAGAAAAUGAGAAACACGGGGAAGAGAGCGGACCGUGGUUUCUUGGUCGCACUUUCAGCUUGGUCGAUGUCAUGCUUGCACCGUGGGCGAAGCGCCUCUUCCUUAUCGACCAUUACAAGCCCGGUGGUGUGGGUAUUCCGGGCCCGGGACAAGCCGGUGAUGAGGAGGAAGAGAAAGUAUGGGCUAGGUGGAGGAAAUGGUUUGACGCGGCAGUGGCGCGUCAAAGUGUAAAGGAUACUUGGAGCGCUGACGAACAGUACAUUGCUGCGUAUGAGAGAUAUGCGGAAGACACUACGCAAUCUGAAGUCGCGCAAGCGACGCGAAAGGGAGAAAAGCUUCCAUGA